UUUUCUUUUCCCCAGUAUAACCGUGUCACCCAAUUAUUACCUCCUCCCCACAUUACUUUUUCAAUCCCAACAAAACGAGGGUCCCAAAUUUCUCCAAUAAAAAAAUCAAGCGGUCCAGAAUCACCCAUAAUAAUAAAAAUUAAAAUCAAGAAAAAUGGUGGCACUGGUGGUCAAAAUUUGACGAAGCCGUACCUCUCCAAGCUUAAAAGGGAGAAAGGAACAAAAAAGAAAAUAAUAAUAAUAAUAAAAAAACAAAGUACACGAAAGGUAAGUUGUUGUGGUGUUUUUCUGUAGUUUGAUUGCUAAGAAAAGUAUCGAUCGAGAUAGAAAAAAUAAGAGGGAAUUUGGAUUUUGAUGAUAAAGUUGAUGGGCAUGGAGUUUUGAAAUGGGUAGCAUGAUUGGAUCAUUGAGUUUCCAUAUCGCCAACGACUGCUAUUCUUUGAAGAAGCUAAUACCGUUGAAACGUCGCUGCUUUCGGUUGGGAUCAAAGUUUGUUGUUGAUAUCGAGUCAAUACCAUCGGAGGAGUUCGCUUCUCCUUAUUUGCGCUUCUUCAAGCGCGCUUCAUGACCAUGAUCCCUUGCCCCCGAUUUUCUCUUGGAUCUCGCUCGCAGAUCCACCGCCACCGCUACCACAACCAAAAACAACUUCCUAGCUUCCGUUUCUCUUCCUUAUGGACCCCACUUCUCGCCCCGCUGUCGUCAUCGAUAACGGCACUGGGUAUACUAAGAUGGGAUUCGCGGGUAAUGUAGAGCCGUGUUUUAUUGAACCAACAGUAGUAGCAGUUAACGAGUCGUUUCUAAAUCAAUCUAGAACUUCUUCAAAAUCAAAUUGGUUAGCUCAGUAUUCAGCUGGGGUAAUGGCAGAUCUUGAUUUCUUCAUUGGAGAUGAAGCAUUUGCGAGAUCGCGGUCAAGUAAUACUUACAACCUUACCUAUCCUAUUAGGCAUGGUCAAGUGGAUAAUUGGGAUGCUAUGGAACGGUAUUGGCAGCAAUGUAUAUUCAAUUAUUUACGGUGUGAUCCUGAGGAUCAUUACUUUUUGUUGACCGAGAGUCCCCUUACUGCUCCUGAGAAUCGAGAAUAUACGGGUGAAAUUAUGUUUGAGACGUUUAAUGUUCCGGGGCUUUAUAUUGCUGUGAAUUCUGUCCUUGCUUUAGCAGCUGGGUACACUACGUCAAAGUGUGAGAUGACAGGGGUGGUAGUGGAUGUUGGAGAUGGAGCUACACAUGUUGUACCUGUUGCAGACGGUUAUGUUAUUGGGAGCAGCAUUAAAUCAAUACCAAUAGCUGGAAAAGAUGUAACUCUCUUCAUACAGCAGCUCAUGCGGGAAAGAGGAGAGAAAAUUCCACCGGAGGACUCAUUUGAAGCAGCUCGGAAAGUGAAGGAGAUGUUCUGCUAUACUUGUUCUGAUAUUGUCAAGGAGUUCAACAAGCAUGACAAAGAACCUGCAAAGUACAUUAAACAAUGGAGAGGUAUUAGACCAAAGACAGGGGCACCAUACUCCUGUGAUAUUGGUUAUGAACGAUUUUUAGGCCCUGAGGUUUUCUUUAGUCCUGAGAUCUAUAGCAGUGAUUUUACAACUCCUUUACCAGCUGUAAUAGAUAGGUGCAUUCAGUCAGCACCAAUUGACACAAGAAGAGCUUUGUAUAAGAAUAUAGUGUUAUCUGGUGGAUCAACCAUGUUCAAAGAUUUCCACAGAAGGUUGCAGCGAGAUCUGAAAAAGAUUGUGGAUGCCCGAGUUCUUGCAUCUGAUGCACGGCAUGGUGGGGAAAUAAAAGCACAACCUGUGGAAGUUAAUGUUGUCAGUCAUCCUAUCCAAAGAUUUGCAGUUUGGUUUGGAGGUUCUGUACUUGCAUCAACACCUGAAUUUUUUGCGGCAUGUCAUACAAAAGCAGAAUAUGAGGAAUAUGGAGCAAGCAUUUGCCGCACAAAUCCUGUUUUUAAGGGGAUGUAUUGAGGCAAAUAACUAUUUUUCAGCUGAUUAUCGAAAAAUCAUUAUACUAAGAUGCUCAAGUGGGUGACUUGCUAUUUCCACUUCCAUCAUGCACAUCAGUUUACUUCCGAUGUUCCUGCUUUGAUUGGUGCUCAUGUGUAUUGGUUGUAAGAGGUGGGUAAAGCAUGGUUGCCACUAGCCAGUCUCAAUUGCCAUGGUCAAAAAAGGAAAGUUCUUACAUUCAUUCUUUAAUUAGGAGUGGUGCUCACAGCAGCCUAUAGAAUGCAGUCAGCAGGCCCUGCCAACACUUAAGAAUCAGAUGGAGUAUCAAAUAGUUGGAAAAAAAAUCAGCUGAGCUUAAUUGCAUUUUUAGUGUUCAGUUUACUUAGGAUGUGAUAGAGAUUUGACAAAAAAAAAAAAUUUCUCAUCUUGGGAGUAGGGUGGUUGGUUGUGUUUUGAAGGUAGCCGCAGCAAACACAGUGGUGAUUCUGUGCCUUUGUUCCACCAGUACAUUUUCUGUUAGAAAGCAAGAUUGGAGUACUAAUUUUGAGUUAGAAAUUUGUUUUUUUUUUUUGUGACAUUUUAUAAUUGGUAUUAGUCUUUUGUGUACCAUUGAUGAAAAGCUAGCUAAGUUUCAAAUAUGGGUUAGUUGUAAUUUGAGUAGCAGUGUGCACAAUAGGUACAUUUUACAAUGAUUACGAUUUUUUUCUAUGGGAUUUAUUCUUUCGUUAUUUUUCCAAGUUCAAUUUUCCAAUUUACAGGCUUUCUGGCAU